AUGGGAACAAUGCGGAUCACCACCGACAAAGGGGCAACCCUGGUCAUGGAAAACGUGUUAGUUAUCGACAAUAUGCCGUCCACCCUCUUGUCCGUGACAGCCAUGAUGCGCAAAGACCCGAAAUUCGCCGACACCUUCAAGGCCAAUGGCUGCAGCAUCAUGCACGAUUCCGUACCAAUCGCAACGGCAACGUUGGACCCAAGGUACAAGGUGUACGUCCUCGACCAAGCCACCGUCGAACACUGCAAAAGGGCCGUGACCAAUCACGCAAGAAAUCUGCAGACGAUACGUCAGAUCUCUGGCAUCAACGACACGCCGGGCAACUUACACGAGCCGAGGAAGAAAUGUGAGUGCUGCGUCAAGAACAAGAUCACGAAGACCUCACCUCCAAAGACGCACACGCGAUCGUUCAAGCCUGGCGAAUAUGGGGUGUCGGACACCAAGGCCGAUGAGAACAGCAUCAGUCGGCGGGUGCAAAUUAUUACACAGUGUACGUCGACGCCGGUUCGGGCAUGA